AAUAUCCCGUCCAUCUGUCAUCAGUAAGCCUCGCCUUUUUAUUUAUUUCUACGUCCUUCACAAUUUCCCCCGUUUGUGAAAUCUCUGAUGAUACACCAGCUGGCACCAGUCAUAGAGCGACUUGUACUCCCUUUCUUUGAUGACCAAUAGCUGUAGUCCUUGAGACUCAUAUCUGAUAAACUCACUUACUUGCAACUUACUUGCAACUUACGAUUGUUCGCACUGAAUUGACGAUUGCUAACGCAGCCUCGUCUCUCUAGCUUUUUCAACCAAACCCAAGCUUCGUGCGAAUUAUCCUUCUCCAAAAUUCACCAUGGUUCUCCACAACCCAAACAACUGGCAUUGGGUCAGUAAGAAUGCCGGUGAAUGGACUAGGCAAUGGUUCGAAGAGAAUCUAUCCAAGAUCUCGGCCGAAGAUGGAGAGGUCACCGCCAAGAUUAAUAAGGUUGUCAGCAUGGACGGGGAUGUUGACGUGAGCCAACGAAAAGGCAAAGUCAUUACCAUCUACGACGUGAAGCUCGUCUUGGAGUACUCUGGAGCCGCCCCCGGAGAAGAGAGCGUCUCGGGCACUAUCACCGUGCCCGAAGUUGCCCAUGAUACCGAGGAAGAUGAUUUUACUUUCGACAUAGAUAUCUACUCGGAAUCGCAGGAAAAGCAACCGGUGAAGGAUCUAGUUCGAUCCAAGAUCACGCCACAGCUACGGAAGGAAUUCGCGAAGCUUACACCGGCUUUGAUUGCUGAACAUGGUAAGGAUAUCCAACACGCUGCUGGCACAAAUCCCUCGAGUGGAUUUACCGCACCCAAAUACCAUGUGCCUUCUGGUGCUACACCAAAGGCCGACGCUAGUGCCGGCACCCAGAAGAACAGUGGUAGCGUCGUCAACACGACAACGGUAACUGAUCAGGAGGAAUUCCGAACUACUGCUGCCGAGUUGUACCAGACGUUCACCGAUCCGCAACGUCUAGCUGCCUUCACCCGUGCACCUCCAAAGAGAUUUGAUGGGGCCCAAAAAGGUGGCAAGUUUGAGCUGUUCGACGGCAAUGUCUCCGGCGAAUACGAAGAACUUGAGGAGCCGACCAAGAUCGCCCAGACGUGGCGGCUGAACCAAUGGCCAGCUGGCCAUUACUCUAAACAGGUGAUUGAGUUCGACCAGAACGAUGUAGACGGCGUGACCGUGAUGAGGGUCACCUGGAGUGGCGUGCCAGUAGGUCAGGAAGAGGUGACCAAGCGCAACUGGCAAGAGUACUACGUGAGGAGCAUCAAGACGACUUUCGGAUUUGGAACGAUCCUAUAGUCGAAAACAUUCCGGUUGGCCAACGGCGUUCUCUAGUUCAAUGGCGUAAUUGGUAAACGAUACAGUCAACCCUCGCGGGUGAUUGUCUGGCCAUUUCAACAAAUGUGUAAAUUCGUAAAGUAGAGGCCUAGGCGUCAUGCAGUCUCCCACUAGAACCUUGCAUCUAGGUAGUUAAAAGUGCAUAAAGAAAUAACGAUGUUAAAUGAUAAUAAAUAUUAAAAAUUGCCCUGACCACCUUACGAAACUUGUUGAGUAUUUUAAGCUUCAAUGAAUAACCGUU